AUGGCUCCUGGGAGCAUUGCCUCCAGUGACACCUCCACCUCUUCAGCAUCCUUGACCUCCGCAGUGGGGUCAUCUGGGCUGUCUGAGUCUGAAAAGCCAGGCCUGAGCCAUAGUGGCAUCCGAGGGCCACGCCGUCACCCUCCCGUGCUGCGCAUGGUUCUGGAGGCGCUGCAGGCCGGAGAGCAGCGCCGGGGCACCUCGGUGGCGGCCAUCAAGGUUUACAUCCUGCAGAAGUACCCAACGGUGGAUGUCCUCCGGCUCAAGUACCUGCUGAAGCAGGCCCUGGCCACCGGCAUGCACCGUGGCCUCCUGGUCAGGCCCACCAACUCCAAGGCCAGGGGGGCCACUGGCAGCUUCAAAUUAGUUCCCAAGCACAAAAGGAAAGCCCAAUCUAGGAAGACAUCCGCCAUGACAGCCCCCAGGAAACCCGGUGAGGCCAAGGAGAAGGGUCCCAAAAAACCAAGGGAGGCAAAGAAGGACCCUCCCAACCCAGGCGAGGUGAAAAGGGGACCCAAGAAGCCAAGAGAGGCGAGGACAGGUCCUACCAAACUGGAUGCAGCCAAGGAGAAGGCUCCCAAGAAGGGCAGCCAGACCAAAGACCAAGAGGCAAGACUGAGUGAGGCCAAGAAGGCCUCCCAACAGCCAGACAAGGCCACGCAGGACCUUCCCAGUGCCACUGGCCCAAGAGGAAAGUCAAAGGUCAAAGGCAGAAGGAGCAACCAAGUGGUCACCACUUUGACCACCUCUCUGCAGCCUCCUGCCCGAACCAAGUCCUCACCCCAGGAAAUUGUCACUGUCGAGUUACCAGGCUGUGUGGACCCCAAACUGUAG